CUCACAUUUACUUUUUGGUGUCCGUUCUCUUUAUUUAUUUCAUUUCCAUUCUAUAGGAUCGCUCGUCGAGGUUUUUAGAUCAAUUUUGCGAAUUUUAGGUUGUUGGAUUUUGUCAAUACUGCUUUGAUAACGUUAAUUAUCAAUAAAAUUUACAAGAUUUUUUAAGAUACUCUGCGACUCCUAUUAAAUAAGCGUUAAAGUAGUUCGGUACCUCUUGAUUGAGCGAUUAAAAACGAAACCAAGUGCCUAACAUUUUACACUCUAUUGUUGUUUCCACUAUUUAUCGACUUUCAUUUAUUUUCGUGUAUCUUUAAGUGAUUUUACGCGAGUAUUGCGAUGAUCCGAGCUGUUUUCUAGCAUCGACCAGUCGAAUAAAGUAUUUUGCAUGAGGUCACGGCGGUGGUGUGGUGUCCGCAUGGAAGCCCGGCGGACUGCUGAUCACGCGCUGCACACGCUGCGUGCGCAGUUUCGCCGCGCCUUGCCGGAAUGGACCGCGCGCGCCUCUCGCCGACGCCGGACUGCGCGAACCAUCGGCCGCUCCAAGGAGGACCCCGCGAAACCAUCGAUACCGCAGCCCCGCCCGCGGAGGCCUUAAACGAGCCAGAGACUUCGCGGCCCGCGCCGCGCGCGUUAGCUUCUAUCCCCGAAAGCGAGCCCUUGCUCCGCGAUCCGCUCAGUGUCAGUGCUAUCAGUGAGAAUGUCGCGCGCAAGCACAAUGGGCGGCCGCUGCACGUGCAGUUCGACGCGCAGUCGCCCCCCGCGGCGGUCUCCGUGUCGGGCUCCAGCACCAGCUCCAGCUCCUCGGACGACGAGGACGUGUCCAUCGCCGAGGCACGCCCACCCGACGGAGGCUGGGGCUGGGUCGUCGUGUUCGCGUCCUUUAUGGUCAACCUCAUCGCCGAUGGCAUCACGUUCAGCUUCGGUGUCUUCUUCCCACAUUUCUUGGAGUAUUUCGGCGAGAGUAAAGGCAAGACGGCCUGGAUCGCCGGUAUCUUCAUGGCGAUGCCGCUGCUGUCCGGGCCCAUCGCGAGCUUCCUUACGGAUAGGUACGGUUGCCGACGGAUGACGAUAUUUGGCUCGAUACUGGCUGCUGCAGGAUUCGUCAUAUCGGCAUUCGUAGAUAAUAUGGAGACAUUGUUUUUGACAUUUGGUAUUAUGGCUGGAUUUGGAUUGAGUCUGUGUUAUGUGGCAGCAGUAGUUAUAGUCGCUUAUUACUUUGAGAAGAAACGUUCCUUAGCCACCGGAAUUUCGGUGUGUGGCAGUGGCAUCGGAACAUUUGUGUUCGCGCCCCUGACUUACGUAUUAUUAGAUGAAUAUGGCUGGCGUGGCACUACCUUAAUAUUAGCUGGAUUAUUUUUAAAUAUGGCAGUGUGUGGACUGUUAUUCAGAGACUUGCCGUGGACAACCACAAUGAACGAGGAAAGGGCAAAAGAAAGGAAAAGAAAAAGAGAAAGGAAGCGAUUAAAACGUUACCAAGCGUCUUCAGCAGAUAGUUUUUCGGACAGUAAGAGUAGUGCUGCGGGCUCUACGAAGGCGAAUGAAACUGUUGACAUAGAGACAGUAACGUCACCCAUCGUACCUCAGUUUAGUUCACUUGUGGACUUGCCGACCUUCAUGACGGGAGGCGAAGGAGUGUCCCUAGAAGUGUUCGAGUUGAUGUCGAACAGGGGUCGGGCGUACGCCAUUCUGGCGCAGAACUACCCGGGAGUGAUGCUCCCGUCGAGGAGUUUCAGUGACAGCGGGCGGCUGCACGAGCAGUCCCCGCCGCGCGCCCUGAUGUCGCCCGGCACCGGCUCCCCCGGGGCGCUGUCACCGACCAGCACGACGCGGCCGCCGGCUCCGAGCUCGGCUCCCAUCAACGACAAAGCAGCGCUGUCGCUGUGGUUGCGGCGCCAGGCGACAGGCUCCACGAAGAAGCCGCCCGCCUUCCUGAAGGACCUGCGCGUGCACCGCCACUCGCUCACGUACCGCGGCGCCAUGCUCAACAUCAACCGUUACCGCCUCAGAGCCUCCUCCUGCCCCAACAUCUUCAGGAACUCCAUGACAACUAUUGCCAAAGAAAAGGUGCAAUGGUAUGCAGGUCUGUGGGACUUCUGGGACCUCGUAGUGGACGUGCUGGACUUCUCCCACUUCUUGAACCCUGCGUUCCUGAUAUUCGCCAUCUCAAACUUCUUGCUGUACAUGUGGUAUGACGUGCCCUACGUGUAUAUUGCUGACAGCGGAAUGAGUAUGGGCUUCAACGAGUCUCAGUCAUCGAUGCUCAUCUCAAUCAUUGGAAUACUGAAUAUGUUUGGAGAGAUCCUCCUAGGCUGGGUGGGCGACUUCCAGUGUGUGAACGCGAGUAUAGUGUACGCUGGGUGCAUGGUGGCCUGUGGCCUGGUUACCCUCAUCAUGCCACUGCUCGGCAGCUACCUGACGUUAGCCUCAGCAUCAGGCGCCUUCGGAGCGUGCAUCGCUGCCAACUACUCUCUCACCAGCAUUAUACUGGUGGAACAGAUCACCUUGGAGAAGUUCACCAAUGCAUAUGGACUGCUGUUGCUCAUUCAAGGAGUUGCCAAUUUAAUUGGACCGCCUUUAGCUGGUUGGGUGUAUGACGUGACAGGUUCCUAUGACCUUUCAUUCUACUUAGCUGGAGUCUUCAUCGGUGUCUCCGGCCUGGUUCUGUUUGUGUCUCCACUCCUCCGCUGCAUUAAAUAUUGCACCAAACGCCCAGCCGACACUGAAAACAAGAGCAAUGGAGAAAUCAAACAGAAUGGGAAACUCAUGGUCUAAAAUUAUUGCAAGGUGAUUGGAAACUAUGUAUUACGAUAGAAAGAAAUGUUUGAUACAGCCAGCGCAUCAAAACAUACUGAAGGUUAAUAGGUUUUUGAACUUUAUUGCGAAGUGUUACGGUUGAAAAUAAUUUACGGUAAAUGGCGUCAGUCCCGAUUGUCAUACAAAAAUUUGACUGCUGCGACGUUAGCUAUUCAGUAACUAUUAAAGAAAGGUAGAAAAGAGAAGUAACUUGAUGUGCUGUAUCUGUGGAAUUUGAAUGUUACGCCUAAGAUAAUAAGGUCUAUUUUCGAGCAAGCAAGCAACGAGUCUCUUUAAAUUGAGUCGUAUUUAUCCCAUUAUGAUAAAAAAAAUUGUAAUGCGUU